CUCUGUUUUCAGUCUCCUAAGUUAGACUGUGUGUGACAGGGAUGAGGGGAUGAGCUUCAUUUCUGUGAAUGUGUCAGGAUUCUGAACAUGCUGAAAUAGGCAGAGAAAGGAUCAUGAACUCAAAGGGGGCAAACCUACACAACAAACGUCAGCCAUCUGAAACAGAGAACACACUGAGGCUUCCGGACAUGGACGCGGCCCAGCAGCUGAAGCUCAGAGAAAGACAGCGCUUCUUUGAGGAGGCGUUCCAGCACGACGUGGAUGUUUACUUCUCCUCAGCACACUUGCAGAUAGAUUACAAGAGGGCUCCCAUGAGCAGCAUCUCGUCCAUGGAGGUCAACGUGGACAUGCUGGAGCAAAUGGACCUUUUGGACAUUUCAGAUCAGGAGGCCCUGGAUGUGUUUCUCGCCUCGACUGAGGAGGACGACGCAUGUUCAUGUCCGCUAGAAGGUCUUGGCGGCAGUAGCGACAUUGAUGCUGCGCUGAGGGAAGAAAUCUCCAUGAGAGUCCCAGACACCUGUGAGCUCAAAUCACGGAUAUCCUCCACUUCCUCCACCGCCACCUCCGACAGCCAGGGGGAGGACGGAGCCGAAACCCCCGUGGUUCAGUCGGAUGAUGAAGAUGUUCAUGAUGAUGAUGGGCUUUUGAUAAACGGUACACCUCCAGCCAGCGGUGCAGGAAGAGAACCUGAGCUGUCACUAUGAAUGGGUCACCAGUUACUUCUGAUGAAUCGUGUAGCCCAAUGUUUGUGUGCUGUUAAAGACUUUCUCUGGUAGGUUGCCUGGUUCUAGCCAAGUUCUACUGAUCAUAAACUUAAAUGGAUUCUAGUAUGCUCAUAUUUCUUCGUCUAUGAUGAAAAUUUCUGUUCACCUGAACUGCUGCUGUAGAUUAUAGUGCUUAUAGACGUUUGCAUAUAGGCCACGGUCCAUCUUGUAUUACUUUUAAUGACUAUGUAAUGGGAGAGUAGCAAAAUCUCAUUCACUACAAAUUAAUGACGGCGGUAUUAGAAAUAUACCAUUUGGCUUAGUUUUCUGCCACAUGAAAUGUGCAUCAAUAUACUGUGCAUUACUGUCCAGUCUCAGUCUUCAUGGCUCUGUAUUUUUUUUUUUUCAUGCCUUGAAGUCAUGUCUUUACUUGAUCUCCACAACACGUAAUAUUUUUAAUAUCAAAAUAAAGGCAAAUCCAACAUUGGAA